AUGGCGAAUGACGAAUACGACUUCCUUUUCAAGGUCGUCCUGAUCGGAGACUCUGGUGUUGGUAAAUCCAACCUAUUGAGUCGUUUCACCCGCAAUGAGUUCAACCUUGACUCCAAGUCCACAAUCGGUGUCGAGUUCGCAACCCGCUCCAUCCAGGUAGAUGCAAAGACAAUCAAGGCACAGAUCUGGGAUACUGCUGGGCAAGAAAGAUACAGAGCCAUCACAUCAGCCUACUACCGAGGAGCCGUCGGAGCGCUGCUCGUCUACGAUAUCAGCAAGCACCAGACGUACGAGAACGUUACCAGGUGGCUGAAGGAGUUGAGGGAUCAUGCGGACUCGAACAUUGUCAUCAUGUUGGUAGGAAACAAGAGCGAUUUGAGACAUCUGCGGGCUGUGCCAACAGAGGAGGCAAAGCAAUUCGCGAGCGAAAACAACCUUUCCUUUAUCGAAACUUCAGCACUCGAUGCAAGCAACGUUGAGCUAGCUUUCCAAAAUAUCCUCACAGAAAUCUACCGGAUUGUCUCCCAGAAAGCGCUCGAUAACGGUGACUCUGCGCAAGCUAACAUUGGUGCCGGCACGAACAUUUCCCUUAGCAAGACAGCAGAUGAGAGCGCAGACAAGGGCGGCAAAUGUUGCUAG